AUGAGUCUAAUCAUCCAAAUGAUUUUGAUGUAAUAUAUUUAUUGAGCAUUUAGAUUCAAUUCACCAGCAAUGGCAUCUGUUGAGUAUCCAUAAAGUUGCAAUAUUUUACAGAACAUUAGUAUUUUAGAACUUAUGAAAAAUCCAUUUCUCUUUUAUAAACCAGCUUUCUAUUCAUUCUGA